AUGCAUCGCAGUUGGCUAACUUGGAGUUUGAACAGCACCCAGGCGGACCGUAACAACUUCUUGCAAUUGAAGCAAGGUACUGUUCGGCCAUUCUACACGUGGCUUUGUGCAUCACGCUCGCCAAGUACCAAACACCGGAAUCAUUUUACAGGCAUCAUGGUGUCCGGAAUUACUUAUUCUAUUGUACAUCGAAUUCGUAAAUUCACGAUUUGUUCCAGCGUGUCAACAGGUCAAGUACGGGGUGCAGGCAGUAUUUGGCCCAUCGGAUCCCAUCCUGGGCCAACACAUUCACAGCAUCUGCGACGCACUGGACAUUCCACAUCUGGAAGCCAGGCUGGACCUGGACACGGAGGCGAAAGAGUUCAGCAUCAACCUCUAUCCCGCACAAAGUUUGCUCAACGCCGCUUAUCAGGACAUCAUGGAGUUUCUCAACUGGACCAAGGUCGCCAUUAUCUACGAAGACGACUACGGUGAGCAGUCGCUUUAUUUUUCUUCGCUUAUUCUCACGGUGCUCAACAGCAACAACGAUGAAAAAUUGCCGGUAUCUCGAAUCGUUACAGCUGCUCGUAAGAAUAAAAUCUUGUAACAGUUUCAUUUUAAAGCGUGAAAAUUGUACAAAAUUGUACAAAACUGUAAACAUUCAAACGCCGGAGAAAUUUUCUUUAUAA